AUGGGGCGCCGGCGGUGGUGCAAGCGCGACACUCAACGCCGCCGUUUGCGCGCAUCGGCGACCUCGUUCGAGGGCCGGGGCAAAGUGCCCGCGGCAAAGUUGCCCGCGGCAAAGUUGCCCGCGGCAAAGUUGCCCGCGGCAAAGUUGCCCGCGGCAAAGUUGCCCGCGGCAAAGUUGCCCGCGGCAAAGUUGCCCGCGGCAAAGUUGCCCGCGGCAAAGUUGCACCGCGGCAAAGUGCCCGCGGCAAAGUUGCACCGCGGAAAUGCCUCGCCGGCGAUGAUGCCGUCAGGGCGGCGAGGAACCGCCCGGGACGGCGGCUCGCGGGCGGUGUGCACCCUGUGGGCCACCGAGGGCGUUUCCCACGUGGCCACGUUCGACGGCGAGGUGGCGUCCGUGAGCGGCUCGGGGCCCUGCCUCUUCUCGCUCUCGGCCGAGGAGCUGGGACGGUUCAACGUGGAGCCGUCCGUGCAAGUCGGGGACGGCGAGCCCUCCGCGAUCGAGAUCACCACCGACGAGGCCAAUAUCCACGUGGACCUGCAGAGCGGCGCCGUCAGCCUCCUUGGCAAUGCUCUCACGCUGCCGUACAUCGGCAAGGGCUUCUUCAUCAAGAGCUACGGCCCCUACACCAAGUUCACGGCCAAACUGCUGGGACUCUCGGUGGUGUGGGGGGAGGAGUUCGUCACGGUGAAGGUGGACAAGAAAUACGAGAACACCACGGUGGGACUCUGCGGAAGCUACAGCGGCGUCCGUGAAGCCAGAGACACCGUCUCCUCGUGGGUACAAUCCAUGAACACGGGGUCCUGCAAAGCGGACGUCUACACGCCGAUCGCUGACCUCAACAAGCAAGUGGAGUGCGUGGCGCGCUUCUCGGCCUUCACCUCCUGCACGGAGAACAACUCCCCCUUCGUGGGGCUCUGCCUGGACGCCGCCUCCGCUGCCGCCUCGGCGUCGGCCUCGGCUUGCGCGUCCGAGGCGGUCUACGCCCGCCGCUGCCUCCUGCACGGCUUCCCCGCCGACUCCUGGAGGGAGGCCAGCACCUGCCAGGAGCCGAGCUGCUCGGCCAGCUUCGUCUUCAGCGACUGCGGCAGCCCCUGCACCAAGACGUGCUCCAACCCCGUGGGGGAGGUCCAGUGUGAUGAGAGCUGUCUGCCCGGAUGCUUCUGCCCCGAAGGCACGGUGCUGGACGACUACGAGACAAAGACCUGUGUGCCUCCCACCUCGUGCAAGUGCAAGCGCAACGGCCUCCUCUACAACUCCGGCACCGUGCUUGAGGAGACGUCCAGCAUCUGCGGUUGCGCGAGCGGCGUCUGGAGCUGCACCUCGACGGCCGCCGACGCCAUGUGCUCGCUGGAGGGCAGCACCCACGUGACCACGUUCGACUUCAACGCCUACGGCUUCUUCGGGGCGGGCAGCUUCAUCCUCCUGUCGACGAACGGCUGGUCGGUGCAGAUCGACAUUGCGGACAAGGCGCCGGAUUCACCGCGUCUGGAGGCCGUCUUCCUCAAGAUGAAUUCGGGCCUGCUGGAGAUCCGCUCCGACGGGCAAGUGUACCUGGACGACACGGCGCUCGCGUUGCCCCACACCUCCGAUGUGCUGAAGAUCUACGCGCAGACGACCACCUACAUGCAGGUGUUCACCACCGUCGGCCUCAAGAUGCAGGUUCAGCUGGCACCUCUCAUGCAGCUCUACCUCACCGUGCCCACGUCCAUGCAGGGGCAGACUCAAGGGCUGUGCGGCAGCUACAAUGCGGAGAAGGCGGAUGACCUGCGCACGCCGCAGGGCAUCGUGGAGAGCGUGGCGCCGCAGUUCGUGGCGGCGUGGAGCAGCAAACCCCUGGGGGCCAUCAUCGCCGCCGACGCCGGCUCCGUCUGCCGCUACGAGGAUCUGUCGAAGAACUGCGAGCUGAUUGGCCCACCCGUUUUCCUCAAGUGCCAGCAUGUGGUGGACCCCCUACCGUACUAUCAGAACUGCAAACACGACACGUGCCACUGUGGGAAGGACUGCUUCUGCGCGUCAGUCUCGGCGUACGCGCACGCCUGCGCGCUGCGCGGGGUGCUCGUCGCCAACUGGAACCCCGAGAUCUGCGCGCCCACGUGUCCCGCCGGCCAGGAGUUUGUUGACUCGGCCAGCCCCUGCGAGGCCACGUGCCGAGGCGUGGCCGAGCCCGCGUUGUGCCUGGGGCAGGAGCCGGCCUCGGGCUGCCAAUGCGCCGCGGGCACUCUGCUCGACGCCUCCUCGCAGUGCGUGGCGCCCGAACUGUGCCCCUGCUACGUGGGCAACCGCGUCGUGAUCAACGGGCAGAGCUACACCGUUGACGGGCGCGCGUGCCUUUGCAAGGCGGGCAAAAUCACCUGCGAAUCGUCAGACCAAGGCGUUGAGGGCUGCGUCUCGCCCAAGGUCUACGCCAACUGCUCAAAGCUGGCGGACGGAGAACUCGGCGUGGCUUGCCAGCCCAGCUGCCGCAGCGCCGGCAUGCCCUGCAUGAAGAGCUCUUGCAAGUCGGGCUGCACGUGUCCCGCUGGCCUCGUGCUGGACGACGCUGGCGCGUGCGUGGUACAAGACGCGUGCCCCUGCGUGCACAACGGCAACACCUACCGCAAGGGCGACGUGGCCACGGUGGACUGCAACAAGUGCACGUGCAACGGGGGCGUGUGGAGCUGCACGAACGCCACGUGUCCCGGCAUGUGCAAGAUGUACGGCGACGGCCACUUCAUCACCUACGACGGGCGCCGUUUCAUCUUCGACGGGAAGUGCGACUACGCUAUCACGCAGGACUACUGCGGCGGAGCUUCGGGUGCAGGAACCUUCCAGAUCAUCACCGACAACGAAGACUGCGGCACCACGGGGGUCUCCUGCUCAAAGUCCGUGCGCCUCUUCGUCAAGGCGUACAACGUGGAGGUGCGCAUGAAGGACGGCGACGUGCAGGUGCUGCCCGUCGGCGGCGCGGCGUUGCCGGACGUCGGCGCCCUCAGCGUCCACUCGGUGGGGCUCUACCGCAUCGUGCAGACGGACAUCGGCGUCAUGGUCAUGUGGGACCGGCACACGAGCAUCUUCGUCAAGCUCGACACGGGCUACAAGGGAAAGUUGUGCGGCCUCUGCGGCAACUUCAACGGCGACGUGAGCGACGACUUCCGCACGGCCGACGGCUCGACCGUGGCGAGCGCCAUAACGUUCGGCAACAGCUGGAAGAUGAAGGAGAGCUGUGCCGCCGUCGAAACCGAGGCGCAGCCGUGCGAGCGCAACCCCUACCGCCUCGUGUGGGCCCAGCGCAAGUGCAACAUCAUCAACAGCGACGUCUUCCAGGACUGCCACGACCAGGUGUACCACGUGCCGUACUUCGACGCGUGCGUGCGCGACUCGUGCGCGUGCGACACGGGCGGCGACUGCGAGUGCUUCUGCACGGCAGUGGCCGCGUACGCCCAGGCCUGCAACGAGGCCGGCGUGUGCGUCAAGUGGAGGACCCCCGAGCGAUGCCCCGUGUUCUGCGACUACUACAACAAGGACGACAGUGACUGCACGUGGCACUACAGCGCCUGCGGCUCCCUGCCACUCACCUGCCGCAAACAGCAGCAGCCCGGCGGUUUCGCGCUGCCCCGCAUGGAAGGCUGCUACCCACGUUGCCCCUCGGCCACACCUUACCUGGACGAGAACAGCAUGCGGUGCGUGACUCUCUCGGCAUGCAGCUGCUACCUGGGCGACGAGGACGUGCCGGCCGGCGGCCAGAUCGUCAUCUCCGAAUCGUGCCAAGUGUGCAAGUGCAAGGAUGGGCAGCUGACAUGCACGGAAGCAGAGGGCUGCUGCGUGGGAGGCAAGGUGUACGCGGCGGGCGGAGUGAUCUCGAAGGAAACGGACGCCGUGGGGCUGUGCACCUUCACCAAGACGUGCAUGGCGUCGGGCGCGGUGAAGGACUCCACCGAGUGCAAGGCCAUCACCUCGGCCGCGCCCACCACCACCGCGGGGACGACAAAGAUGCUGCCGCCACUGCCGAUGACGACGGAGAAGGUCGCCGUGGUGACCACGGAGGGCCCGACCACGGCAACAACACUGCCGACGUCGACCGCGCAGAAGCUCACGGAGGCGCCGUUGGAGAAGAUAACGCAGGUGCCGGUGGAGCAGACGAGGCCGGUAGCAACCACGAGCACGCCCGCACCGGUCACGACCAAACCCAGGCCGGUGGCGACCACGCCCAGAGCGGUCGAGAGCACGCCGGGUCCAGUCGGUUCCACGCCGGGACCGAUCAAAACCACGCCGGGACCAGUCACAACUACUACCGGGCCAGUCGGAUCCACGCCCGCAUCAGUCGGAUCCACACCGGGACCAGUGAAAACCACACCUGGACCAGCUGGUUCUACACCCGGGCCAGUCGGCUCCACACCAGGACCAGUUGGUUCAACACCCGGACCAGUCAGUUCCACAUCUGGACCAGCAGGAUCCACACCAGGACCAGUCGGUUCUACACCUGUAGCAGUCGGAUCCACACCCGGACCAGUCACAACCACGCCUGGACCAGUCGGAUCCACACCGGGACCAGUCGGGUCCACACCGGGACCAGUCACAACCACGCCUGGACCAGUCGGAUCCACACCCGGACCAGUCGGGUCCACACCGGGACCAGUCGGAUCGACAUCCGGGCCAGUCACAACCACGCCUGGACCAGUCGGAUCCACACCAGGGCCAGCAACAACGACACCCGGACCAAUUGGAUCCACGCCCUCAUCAGUCGGAUCCACACCUGGACCAGCCGGUUCUACACCCGGACCAGUCGGCACCACACCAGGACCAGUUGGUUCUACACCCGGACCAGUCAGUUCUACACCUGGACCAGCAGGUUCCACACCAGGAGCAGUCGGUUCCACACCUGUACCAGUCGGUUUCACAACCGCAUCAGUCGGAUCCACGCCAGGGCCAGUCACAACCACGCCUGGACCAAUCGGAUCCACACCGGGACCAGUCGGUUCCACCCCCACAUCAGUCGGAUCUACACCCGGACCAGUAGUGACCACACCCGCACCGGUCGGUUCCACGCCCGCUUCAGUCGGUUCCACACCCGGACCAGUUAGUUCGACGCCUGCAGCAGUCACAACCACGGCCGCAGCGGUCCCCUGCAUGGGAACUUGGUCUGAUUGGUACAACGUGGACUACCCGCAAACGAGCCAGCAAAACGGAGACUACGAAACGUUCGACAACAUCAGGCAAAAUGGCCAGGCCAUCUGCCCGAUGGGCAACCAAGUGGAGGCCAUCGAGUGCAAGGCAAUGCGCUUCCCCAACGUGGCGUGGCAAGAACUGGGACAGAAGAUCAGGUGUGAUGCGCAAGUGGGGCUCAUCUGCGACAAUGCGGAGCAAUCCACGUCCAUGUGCUUCGACUACAAGAUCCGAGUGUGCUGCGGCCAGGUGAUCGCAACAACAACACUUGCACCGGCGGUGACCACCAAGGCAUCCGUGGCAACUACAGCUGGACCAGUCGGAUCCACGCUCGGACCAGUCGUAUCUACACCCGGACCAGUCACAACCACGCCUGGACCAGUCGGAUCCACACCGGGACCAGUCGGGUCCACACCGGGACCAGUCACAACCACACCUGGACCAGUCGGAUCCACGCCCGGACCAGUCGGAUCCACACCCGGACCAGUCGGGUCCACACCGGGACCAGUCGGAUCGACAUCCGGGCCAGUCACAACCACGCCUGGACCAGUCGGAUCCACACCAGGGCCAGCAACAACGACACCCGGACCAAUUGGAUCCACGCCCUCAUCAGUCGGAUCCACACCUGGACCAGCCGGUUCUACACCCGGACCAGUCGGCACCACACCAGGACCAGUUGGUUCUACACCCGGACCAGUCAGUUCUACACCUGGACCAGCAGGUUCCACACCAGGAGCAGUCGGUUCCACACCUGUACCAGUCGGUUUGACAACCGCAUCAGUCGGAUCCACACCAGGGCCAGUCACAACCACGCCUGGACCAAUCGGAUCCACACCGGGACCAGUCGGUUCCACCCCCACAUCAGUCGAAUCUACACCCGGACCAGUAGUGACCACACCCGCACCGGUCGGUUCCACGCCCGCUUCAGUCGGUUCCACACCCGGACCAGUUAGUUCCACGCCUGCAGCAGUCACAACCACGGCCGCAGCUGUCCCCUGCAUGGGAACUUGGUCUGAUUGGUACAACGUGGACUACCCGCAAACGAGCCAGCAAAACGGAGACUACGAAACGUUCGACAACAUCAGGCAAAAUGGCCAGGCCAUCUGCCCGAUGGGCGACCAAGUGGAGGCCAUCGAGUGCAAGGCAAUGAACUUCCCCAACGUGGCGUGGCAAGAACUGGGACAGAAGAUCAGGUGUGAUGCGCAAGUGGGGCUCAUCUGCGACAACGCGGAGCAAUCCACGUCCAUGUGCUUCGACUACAAGAUCCGAGUGUGCUGCGGCCAGGUGAUCGCAACAACAACACUUGCACCGGCGGUGACCACCAAGGCAUCCGUGGCAACUACAGCUGGACCAGUCGGAUCCACACCGGGACCAGUCGGGUCCACACCGGGACCAGUCACAACCACGCCUGGACCAGUCGGAUCCACGCCCGGACCAGUCGGAUCCACACCCGGACCAGUCGGUUCCACACCGGGACCAGUCGGAUCGACAUCCGGGCCAGUCACAACCACACCUGGACCAGUCGGAUCCACACCAGGGCCAGUAACAACGACACCCGGACCAAUUGGAUCCACGCCCUCAUCAGUCGGAUCCACACCUGGACCAGCCGGUUCUACACCCGGACCAGUUGGCUCCACACCAGGACCAGUUGGUUCUACACCCGGACCAGUCAGUUCUACACCUGGACCAGCAGGUUCCACACCAGGAGCAGUCGGUUCCACACCUGUACCAGUCGGUUUCACAACCGCAUCAGUCGGAUCCACACCAGGGCCAGUCACAACCACGCCUGGACCAGUCGGAUCCACACCAGGGCCAGUCACAACCACGCCUGGACCAAUCGGAUCCACACCGGGACCAGUAAGUUCCACACCCGCAUCAGUCGGUUCCACACCCGGACCAGUUAGUUCGACGCCUGCAGCAGUCACAACCACGGCCGCAGCGGUCCGCUGCAUGGGAACUUGGUCUGAUUGGUACAACGUGGACUCCCCUCAAACGAGCCAGCAAAACGGAGACUACGAAACGUUCGACAACAUCAGGCAAAAUGGCCAGGCCAUCUGCCCGAUGGGCAACCAAGUGGAGGCCAUCGAGUGCAAGGCAAUGCGCUUCCCCAACGUGGCGUGGCAAGAACUGGGACAGAAGAUCAGGUGUGAUGCGCAAGUGGGGCUCAUCUGCGACAAUGCGGAGCAAUCCACGUCCAUGUGCUUCGACUACAAGAUCCGAGUGUGCUGCGGCCAGGUGAUCGCAACAACAACACUUGCACCGGCGGUGACCACCAAGGCAUCCGUGGCAACUACAGCUGGACCAGUCGGAUCCACGCCCGGACCAGUCGUAUCCACACCCGGACCAGUCACAACCACGCCUGGACCAGUCGGAUCCACACCGGGACCAGUCGUAUCCACACCCGGACCAGUCACAACCACGCCUGGACCAGUCGGAUCCACACCGGGACCAGUCGGGUCCACACCGGGACCAGUCACAACCACGCCUGGACCAGUCGGAUCCACACCCGGACCAGUCGGGUCCACACCGGGACCAGUCGGAUCGACAUCCGGGCCAGUCACAACCACGCCUGGACCAGUCGGAUCCACACCAGGGCCAGUAACAACAACACCCGGACCAAUUGGAUCCACGCCCUCAUCAGUUGGAUCCACACCGGGACCAGUCGAAACUACACCCGGACCAGUCAGAACCACGCCUGGACCAGUCGGAUCCACACCGGGACCAGUCGGGUCCACACCGGGACCAGUCACAACCACGCCUGGACCAGUCGGAUCCACGCCCGGACCAGUCGGAUCCACACCCGGACCAGUCGGGUCCACAACGGGACCAGUCGGAUCGACAUCCGGGCCAGUCACAACCACGCCUGGACCACUCGGAUCCACACCAGGGCCAGCAACAACGACACCCGGACCAAUUGGAUCCACGCCCUCAUCAGUAGGAUCCACACCUGGACCAGCCGGUUCUACACCCGGACCAGUCGGCACCACACCAGGACCAGUUGGUUCUACACCCGGUCCAGUCAGUUCUACACCUGGACCAGCAGGUUCCACACCAGCACCAGUCGGUUCCACACCUGUACCAGUCGGUUUCACAACCGCAUCAGUCGUAUCCACACCCGGACCAGUCACAACCACGCCUGGACCAGUCGGAUCCACACCGGGACCAGUCGGGUCCACACCGGGACCAGUCACAACCACGCCUGGACCAGUCGGAUCCACGCCCGGACCAGUCGGAUCCACACCCGGACCAGUCGGUUCCACACCGGGACCAGUCGGAUCGACAUCCGGGCCAGUCACAACCACACCUGGACCAGUCGGAUCCACACCAGGGCCAGUAACAACGACACCCGGACCAAUUGGAUCCACGCCCUCAUCAGUCGGAUCCACACCUGGACCAGCCGGUUCUACACCCGGACCAGUUGGCUCCACACCAGGACCAGUUGGUUCUACACCCGGACCAGUCAGUUCUACACCUGGACCAGCAGGUUCCACACCAGGAGCAGUCGGUUCCACACCUGUACCAGUCGGUUUCACAACCGCAUCAGUCGGAUCCACACCAGGGCCAGUCACAACCACGCCUGGACCAGUCGGAUCCACACCAGGGCCAGUCACAACCACGCCUGGACCAAUCGGAUCCACACUGGGACCAGUAAGUUCCACACCCGCAUCAGUCGGUUCCACACCCGGACCAGUUAUUUCGACGCCUGCAGCAGUCACAACCACGGCCGCAGCGGUCCGCUGCAUGGGAACUUGGUCUGAUUGGUACAACGUGGACUCCCCUCAAACGAGCCAGCAAAACGGAGACUACGAAACGUUCGACAACAUCAGGCAAAAUGGCCAGGCCAUCUGCCCGAUGGGCAACCAAGUGGAGGCCAUCGAGUGCAAGGCAAUGCGCUUCCCCAACGUGGCGUGGCAAGAACUGGGACAGAAGAUCAGGUGUGAUGCGCAAGUGGGGCUCAUCUGCGACAAUGCGGAGCAAUCCACGUCCAUGUGCUUCGACUACAAGAUCCGAGUGUGCUGCGGCCAGGUGAUCGCAACAACAACACUUGCACCGGCGGUGACCACCAAGGCAUCCGUGGCAACUACAGCUGGACCAGUCGGAUCCACGCCCGGACCAGUCGUAUCCACACCCGGACCAGUCACAACCACGCCUGGACCAGUCGGAUCCACACCGGGACCAGUCGUAUCCACACCCGGACCAGUCACAACCACGCCUGGACCAGUCGGAUCCACACCGGGACCAGUCGGGUCCACACCGGGACCAGUCACAACCACGCCUGGACCAGUCGGAUCCACACCGGGACCAGUCGGAUCGACAUCCGGGCCAGUCACAACCACGCCUGGACCAGUCGGAUCCACACCAGGGCCAGCAACAACGACACCCGGACCAAUUGGAUCCACGCCCUCAUCAGUCGGAUCCACACCUGGACCAGCCGGUUCUACACCCGGACCAGUCGGCACCACACCAGGACCAGUUGGUUCUACACCCGGACCAGUCAGUUCUACACCUGGACCAGCAGGUUCCACACCAGGAGCAGUCGGUUCCACACCUGUACCAGUCGGUUUCACAACCGCAUCAGUCGGAUCCACACCAGGGCCAGUCACAACCACGCCUGGACCAAUCGGAUCCACACCGGGACCAGUCGGGUCCACACCGGGACCAGUCGGAUCCACACCAGGGCCAGUCACAACCACGCCUGGACCAAUCGGAUCCACACCGGGACCAGUCGGUUCCACCCCCACAUCAGUCGGAUCUACACCCGGCCCAGUAGUGACCACACCCGCACCGGUCGGUUCCACGCCCGCUUCAGUCGGUUCCACACCUGGACCAGUUAGUUCCACGCCUGCAGCAGUCACAACCACGGCCGCAGCGGUCCCCUGCAUGGGAACUUGGUCUGAUUGGUACAACGUGGACUACCCGCAAACGAGCCAGCAAAACGGAGACUACGAAACGUUCGACAACAUCAGGCAAAAUGGCCAGGCCAUCUGCCCGAUGGGCGACCAAGUGGAGGCCAUCGAGUGCAAGGCAAUGCGCUUCCCCAACGUGGCGUGGCAAGAACUGGGACAGAAGAUCAGGUGUGAUGCGCAAGUGGGGCUCAUCUGCGACAAUGCGGAGCAAUCCACGUCCAUGUGCUUCGACUACAAGAUCCGAGUGUGCUGCGGCCAGGUGAUCGCAACAACAACACUUGCACCGGCGGUGACCACCAAGGCAUCCGUGGCAACUACAGCUGGACCAGUCGGAUCCACGCCCGGACCAGUCGUAUCCACACCCGGACCAGUCGGAUCCACACCGGGACCAGUCGGGUCCACACCGGGACCAGUCACAACCACGCCUGGACCAGUCGGAUCCACACCCGGACCAGUCGGGUCCACACCGGGACCAGUCGGAUCGACAUCCGGGCCAGUCACAACCACGCCUGGACCAGUCGGAUCCACACCAGGGCCAGCAACAACGACACCCGGACCAAUUGGAUCCACGCCCUCAUCAGUCGGAUCCACACCUGGACCAGCCGGUUCUACACCCGGACCAGUCGGCACCACACCAGGACCAGUUGGUUCUACACCCGGACCAGUCAGUUCUACACCUGGACCAGCAGGUUCCACACCAGGAGCAGUCGGUUCCACACCUGUACCAGUCGGUUUCACAACCGCAUCAGUCGGAUCCACACCAGGGCCAGUCACAACCACGCCUGGACCAAUCGGAUCCACACCGGGACAAGUCGGGUCCACACCGGGACCAGUCGGAUCCACACCAGGGCCAGUCACAACCACGCCUGGACCAAUCGGAUCCACACCGGGACCAGUCGGUUCCACCCCCACAUCAGUCGGAUCUACACCCGGACCAGUAGUGACCACACCCGCACCGGUCGGUUCCACGCCCGCUUCAGUCGGUUCCACACCCGGACCAGUUAGUUCCACGCCUGCAGCAGUCACAACCACGGCCGCAGCGGUCCCCUGCAUGGGAACUUGGUCUGAUUGGUACAACGUGGACUACCCGCAAACGAGCCAGCAAAACGGAGACUACGAAACGUUCGACAACAUCAGGCAAAAUGGCCAGGCCAUCUGCCCGAUGGGCGACCAAGUGGAGGCCAUCGAGUGCAAGGCAAUGAACUUCCCCAACGUGGCGUGGCAAGAACUGGGACAGAAGAUCAGGUGUGAUGCGCAAGUGGGGCUCAUCUGCGACAACGCGGAGCAAUCCAUGUCCAUGUGCUUCGACUACAAGAUCCGGGUGUGCUGCGGCCAGGUGAUCGCAACAACAACACUUGCACCGGCGGUGACCACCAAGGCAUCCGUGGCAACUACAGCUGGGCCAGUCGGAUCCACACCAGGACCAGUCGGAUCCACACCCGGACCAGUCAGAACCACGCCCGGACCAGUCGGUUCCACGCCGGGACCAGUUGUAUCCACACCCCGGCCAGUCACAACCACGCCUGGACCAGUCGGAUCCACACCAGGGCCAGUAACAACAACACCCGGACCAAUUGGAUCCACGCCCUCAUCAGUUGGAUCCACACCGGGACCAGUCGAAACUACACCCGGACCAGUCGGAUCCACUCCCGGACCUGUCGGAUCCACACCAGCAUCAGUCGAAACCACACCGGGUAGAGUCACAACCAUGUCUGGACCAGUCGUAUCCACACCAGGACCAGUAACAACUACGCCUGGACCAAUCGGAUCCACAGCAGCAUCAGUCGAAACCACACCGGGACCAGUCACAACCACGCCUGGACCAGUCGGAUCCACGCCCGGACCAGUCAGAUCCACACCCGGACCAGUCGGAUCGACAUCCGGGCCAGUCACAACCACGCCUGGACCAGUCGGAUCCACACCAGGGCCAGCAACAACGACACCCGGACCAAUUGGAUCCACGCCCUCAUCAGUCGGAUCCACACCUGGACCAGCCGGUUCUACACCCGGACCAGUCGGCACCACACCAGGACCAGUUGGUUCUACACCCGGACCAGUCAGUUCUACACCUGGACCAGCAGGUUCCACACCAGGAGCAGUCGGUUCCACACCUGUACCAGUCGGUUUUACAACCGCAUCAGUCGGAUCCACACCAGGGCCAGUCACAACCACGCCUGGACCAAUCGGAUCCACACCGGGACCAGUCGGUUCCACCCCCACAUCAGUCGGAUCUACACCCGGACCAGUAGUGACCACACCCGCACCGGUCGGUUCCACGCCCGCUUCAGUCGGUUCCACACCCGGACCAGUUAGUUCGACGCCUGCAGCAGUCACAACCACGGCCGCAGCGGUCCCCUGCAUGGGAACUUGGUCUGAUUGGUACAACGUGGACUACCCGCAAACGAGCCAGCAAAACGGAGACUACGAAACGUUCGACAACAUCAGGCAAAAUGGCCAGGCCAUCUGCCCGAUGGGCGACCAAGUGGAGGCCAUCGAGUGCAAGGCAAUGAACUUCCCCAACGUGGCGUGGCAAGAACUGGGACAGAAGAUCAGGUGUGAUGCGCAAGUGGGGCUCAUCUGCGACAACGCGGAGCAAUCCAUGUCCAUGUGCUUCGACUACAAGAUCCGAGUGUGCUGCGGCCAGGUGAUCGCAACAACAACACUUGCACCGGCGGUGACCACCAAGGCAUCCGUGGCAACUACAGCUGGACCAGUCGGAUCCACACCAGGACCAGUCGGAUCCACACCCGGACCAGUCAGAACCACGCCCGGACCAGUCGGUUCCACGCCGGGACCAGUCGGAUCCACGCCCGGACCAGUUGUAUCCACACCCCGGCCAGUCACAUCCACGCCUGGACCAGUCGGAUCCACACCAGGGCCAGUAACAACAACACCCGGACCAAUUGGAUCCACGCCCUCAUCAGUUGGAUCCACACCGGGACCAGUCGAAACUACACCCGGACCAGUCGGAUCCACUCCCGGACCUGUCGGAUCCACACCAGCAUCAGUCGAAACCACACCGGGUAGAGUCACAACCAUGUCUGGACCAGUCGUAUCCACACCAGGACCAGUAACAACUACGCCUGGACCAAUCGGAUCCACAGCAGCAUCAGUCGAAACCACACCGGGACCAGUCACAACCACGCCCGGACCAGUCGGAUCCACACCAACAUCAGUCGGAUCUACACCGGGACCAGUCGUAACCACACCUGGACCAGUCGGCUCCACGCCUGCAUCAGUCGGAUCCACACUGGGACCACUCGUAACCACACUCGGGCCAGUCGGUUCCACACCCAGACCCGUUGGAUCCACUCCCAUCAUCAAUCAAGCUACUACAACUCCAUUGGUGUGCCCGGGUGCCUGGUCGCAGUGGUUCGACGUCUCCAACCCAAGCCUAGACAACAGCGGCGACGACGAGAGCUACGCCGCCAUCCGAGCCACCGGCUUGGAGGUCUGCUCCGGCAGGCAGACACCGAUAAGCAUCGAAUGCCGCGCCGACAAAUUCCCCGGCGUUCCCGUUGACCAGCUCGGCCAGGUGGUGUCGUGCGACAGCGGCAGCGGCCUCGUCUGCCGCAACGGCGACCAGAGCGGCGACUUGCAGCUGUGCUACAACUACCGCGUCCGGGUGUGCUGCGGCCUCGUCACCACCGUUCCCACUGCGGUCCCGACGACGCUGCUCGCCACCACAGCCGCCACUACGGCCGUCGUUACGAGUGAGUGGCUGCUGCUGCUGAAUUCGGUUACAAAUUCGCCGUUGGCCACCGGCCACCACCGCCCCCCUGGGAGGAUCUGUCGUGAGUGGUUUCUCCCGUGUGACUCGACCCUCCCAUUUUAUCCCCGCCCCGCCAUGUUGUGGCCGUGCCUGUGCGAGAUCUCGCAGGGAGUCACCGUCGCUUCAGGCGACAUGGUCUACAACACAACGGACGGGCUGGGCGGCUGCCGUGUUGCCGUGUGCCUGCCUGACUGCUCCGGAAUCUCGGCCACAUCAGGCCCAUGCCAGACCACCACCGCCUUCGUCACCGGGGUGGUCACCACCACCGUCGCCGCUACCUUCACCACCAACGGUGCCUCGACCACGACCCUUGGCCCGGACGACGGUCAAGCCGCUGCCCACGACGACCGCGACGACAACGCCCGUCCGGACUACGGCCGCUCCCGUCCAGACGAGGACCGCUGCUUUCGCUACAACGGCAGCAACAACGGCAGCCCCGGGCCAGACGACAGCCGGUCCGGGCCAGACGACAGCUGGUCCGGGCCAGACGACAGCUGGCCCAGUGCAGACAACACCUGGUGCAGUUACUACAACAGCAGCAACAACAGCCGGUCCAGUGCAGACAACAGCAGGACCAGUCCAGACAACAGCUGCUGA